CUCUCGUUUCAUUUCCUUAAUGUGCUUUUUUUGUGGAUUACCCUGAGAUGUCGUGCACUCAACCGGUUCUCACAGCGCGUGCGACUGGCUGGGUGGGAGGAAUGGGCGUGGGUGCGACUUGCAGAGGGAAGUGCGGGAGGCACAGAACUCCCGCAGUGGCACAGUGACCGUCUGUUGUGCGACCUCUACGCACUUCCUUCGCAGCCGGCUCGCAGUGCAAUGAGCCGGCCUCUGCCUGAGGGAACCGCCUUCAUGAUCACGGUAACCCUUAUGCCAGAUUCCACAAGCGGCGCCAUGGCUGCCCUGCGCUGGGCGCUGCUGUGCGCGGCGUGGGGCGCGGCGAGGCCUGCGCUCCAAAGCGGCCUGCGCGUCCCCGAGGUGGACCCCUCGCGCUUCCUCAUCGAUUACGCCUACCUGCGCCGCGACUACCCCUGCAGCCCCGAGGAGCGCCGCUGCUUCGACUACGGCCGCCUGCUGCACCCCGCCGACGGCAGGUGCUAUCGCGUGGGCGAGCGCGGGCCGUGCGCCGAGGGGCAGCUGUUCCACGCAGACCGCGCGCAGGCCCAGGGCGGAGGCGGCUUCCGCGGGAGCUGCGCCAGCCACUGCGCCGACGCCCUGCACGUGCGCCUGGCAGCCACCGGCGGCUGCGUCUCGCUCGCCGACCUCCACCUCACG